UUCUGGAUCUCUCCUGACAGAAAGAGGCCAUGAAGGGAAACGCAGGCUCCCGAACACCACUAAGGCAGACCAGUGGAAGGUGUUUUGGCCCACAGCAACUUUGUGCCUCAGCAGCACUGAAAACGGGCUUCACCCAGCCUCACAGAGCCGCUUGUGCUAAACGUAGAAGAACCCCUCAGCCUGCUGCUGGCUGCACCACUAAAGCCCCCUUGGCUGUGCUGCAGCUGCGGAGGCCAGGGCUGCUCAGGGGGCCAUGUCUCUGGAGAAGAAAGCAGCCCUUCGGGGCCGCCUCCAGGGCCCGGUGCACGGCGAGCCAGCACUCCGAACCGGGAGCAAGGCAUACAAACACCGCGCGGAAGGCGCCAAGCGGCUUAAAGGCAGCCUGCAAAGCUCCCCAUGCUCCCAGCCGCUGCCGCGCCGCAAACCGCCCGCUGUGCGCCCAGCCAAGGCCCAUGGGAGCACACCCACGGCCCAGCCCCAGCUCCCUUCCCACCAUAGCCCGCCGGGGCGUGCCCAUGAGGUGCGUAGCCACAAGCGGCCUGACCACCGGGUUAUUUCCGACCCGGGCGCCAUCGCGGGAAAGCGUCACUGCCGCUUCCGGCGCGGGCUGUUCGAAGGCUAUGGCCGGUAGGCGCCGCUCGCUCAGGGGUGUUGUGGCGGAUCUGGACUCUUCCCUGUCGCAGGUGGAGAUGGGAGACGUGUGGGUACCCGCCCGUUACUAUUAUCCUUAUCCUCCGCCCUCUCCUUCUCCUACGCCGUCGCCACCAGAACAGCAGUCGCGAAGCGAGGACGAGAAUGAAGCGCUUACGAAGCCCAUGGUGUUCCUGUGCGCCGGGUGCAGGCGGCCGGUUGGGGACACGCUGAGCUGGGUGACUAACGAUGAGGAGGAAGGCUGCAUCCUGCUGCGCAGUGCGGCCAAGAGCGUCUCGGUGGACGUGGAGCGGCAACUCUCUAAGCGGCCCGGAGAGUGCGGAUGCAUGAUAGAAGUGUUAUUCUGCUCUGGCUGCUCAAUGGUACUUGGCCGCAUUUACAGAUGCACCCCAAAACACCUUGACUACAAGAGGGAUUUGUUCUGUUUCAGUGUUGACUCUCUCGAGAGUUAUGUUCUAGGAUCCUCAGAAAAGCAAGCUGUUACUGAAGAUGAGCCUUUAACUCUUGAAAGUCGAGCUGUCAUGGAAGAAACGCUACGGAGGGUAGACACUGUAUUAAAGUUUCUGGAGACAAAAGUGGCUGCUGUUGAAUCGAGUAUGGCCUGUCUUCGCAAAGGAGUCUGAAAGAAAUUAUGUGCAAGGGGUUUAACUGCAGGAGAAUGAUGUAUGUGAAAUUUGUUCUUGUAAUCCUCUGGAAUGUGUGGGAGCACUGCAAGAGCUGUGCAGAGAACUAAAAGACAUUGGCUUGUUCUGUAGUAGAACAAUGAUGACUAUGAGUCUUUAUCAUAGACAAAGAGCUCCUCUACUCUCUGUUAAAAGAACACACCAGACAGAAAUAAUUUAUUUUUGUUUAAUCAAAUUUCUGUAGACUUUUGGUUUAUAUGUAAAUAUGUGUUUAAAUUUUUGUCUUGGAAAGCAAAGCAAUUGUCUCUUGACUUCCUUGCUAGUCAGUAUCUACUGAACUGGGUGUGCAUCUCCUUCCUAAACCCAUAAAACAAAAAAAUCCCUGUGAUGUCUGAAAGAAUAACAUAUGUACUUUUUCUUGUCUCCACAGCCUUUGCUUGACCUGUGCUCAGAGACUGGAAUGGUUCAGUGUGUGUUUUGGGUUGCUGUUACAGUUUUGUUCUGUAAGCUUGAGGCCAAAGUUUUUAAAGCCUUUUUCUACAUUACAUUAGAUAAAAUGUUUUUUUAUACAGUAUUGAAGGUCAUACGAUUUACAGCCUCAAGGGAAGGCAAACAAACAAGGCUGGCAGCACACCUUUAAGCAAAGCUUGGUGUAUUUGUAUACAACGAAAGCAAAAUGCCAGUUAAAAGCACUUGUUGGUACUUAGUUUUGAUGCAGGUAUUUCUGUUAUUUGUCAUAAAUCUUCUGCAUAUUUAAUUAUCAGUUUCUUAUGUAGUCCGAGUGUUCCAGGUGUAUUUUUUUCAAUAAAACAAAAGUAGUUGUACUCUAAAGAAAGAGUAAUGGGUUGUUUGGUUUUGGGUUUUGAUUUUUAUUUGGUUUGUGGUAUGUGGAUUUUUCUUUUUUGGUUACCUGAAAUUCUUUAUAUUUUCUCCAAAAACCUAGAAUGAACUUACCACUAUUCUCUGCAUGGAUAGGCAUUGUUUUUCUUACAAAAGCUGCACCCCCUUCAACCUUUCUCUAUGUACUGCUUUGUUUUGAAGAAGUACUUGAAUUUAGCUUGUAGUGAUGGAUCUUGUAUUCUUUCAUGCUCAGGUAUGUAAAACAUUUUGUUUCUUGCAUACCUGCCAAAGGAAUUGUUACAAGCACUAGUCCUUCCAAUCAAAUUACUCCUUUGUAAUUUCUUGGUAGUUUCUUCUCUAACAAGUUUUUUGAAUAAUGUUAAGUGACCUAAUAGACUCCUCUGUGUAAUGCUAGACAAACCCUAGAAAAAAACCCAAAAUGCCAGGGCUGCUUUUCAUAUAAGAAAGGGCAUACAACCCAGGAAAAUAACACCAAGGACACAGCGUGGGAGGGUUCUUCCUCAUUUAUUCAGAGGAGACUACAUAUGAGCUCUGCUUCAGACAGAAUAAAGUAAGCCUGUAGUCGUAGGUAGUACUAAAUGUGUUUGUCUGUAAACUAUUACAGAUAAACAGAUUAUCAGUAGAGUGCAUUGGCAGAGGGGCAUAAGCUCUGCUUAGCAUAGGGUAAGGUCUGACCUGUAGUGGUCAACUCUGCUUUUUUGUUGCUGAGGUAGGCAAAAGGAAAUCUUCAAGCCAAGUAUGUACUUAAAGGUUCUUAUUUGACUGUCAUGCAGUCAAAAACUGUCUAGAAAAUGGGCAUUUGGUAUUGUAUUGAUGAAUACAUAUUUAUCAAGCUGGAGGAAGUUUCUAAGUGGGUUUUUGUAUUUGUCCAGUUAUUUUAGGUCGUUUUGAUCCUUGAAAGAAAGAACCAGGUUUGUUGGCCUCAAGCAGUACCCAUAGCUUUCAACAUGUUUUUCCAUUAAACAUGGAGGGCAGCUGACUGGUUCACAGUGAGUUCUCUAAAUAGAUUCACCAUCUGAGUACGUUCUGUGGCUUGUUUAGGUAAUUCCUAGCACCUGUCUCCAUUGUAUCACUACUAUCUAUAGUGAAAGUAAAGUGUCUGUAAGCAAGUAUUCAAAACAAUAAAUGAUUGCUUAAAGUAA